AUGGAUGAGAAUCGACCGGAAAUGGGGCUGAAAACAGUCGAUUCAACGAAGAAACCACUGUUUGACAAGUUUUGGAAAAGGUAAGUCUGGCUCGGAUAGGGCAAGAUUCGGUAGGGUAGGGUAAAGCAGGGUAGUGUAAGGCAGAAGAGAUAAAUUUUGGAAAAGGUAAGUUAGGCUGAAGUAGGGUACGGUAGAGUAGGGUAAUGUUGGUAGGGUAGGGCAGAGUAGGAGAAGGUAAGGGUUUCAGUGUGAGGGGGUUGAAUUCAGUGUGGUAAGAUUCUGAAGAUAAAGGUUGCUUUUAAGACCGGGGUAUCAGUGGGAUUUGCGGACAGGGUAAUGGAGGAUUGUAGAGGUUUUAAGGCAAGGCUGGACAUUGGAGCAAAUGUUAAUGGGUGGGAGCGGAUUUUGAAGAUAGGGGUAGAUUUUAGGGCUGGGGAAUAUACUGUAGGUUAAAAUUAGGUACGUUAGGAUAGGGUAGGACAGGGUAGGGUAGGGUAAUGUCGGUAGGGUAGAGUAGGGUAGGGUAUUGUAGGGUAGGGUAGGGUAGGGUAGAGUAAGGUAGGGUAGGGUAGGGUAGGGUAGGGUAGGGUAGGGUAGGGUAGGGUAGGGUAGGGUAGGGUAGGGUAGGGUAGAGGAGGGUAGGGCAGGGUAGGGUAGGGUAGGGUAAGGUGGGGUAGGGUAGGGUAGGGUUGGGUAGGGUAGUAAAAUUUUUAUUUUCAGGAAGAAUAAUGAUUAUUCGGCCAUAAAAGGAGAUGAAAAGCCUAAAAAAGUGUCAUUCUUUAAAUUGGUAAGUAACCUUUGUAUCUUUUUUUUGUAAAGAAAGUUCUUGCGAUUUUUAGCUUUUGUAAAGAAAGUUCUUGCCAUUGUAUGUUUUGUAAACAAAGUUUUUGCAAUGUCUUGUUUUGUAAAGAAAGUCCUUGCUAUUUUAGAUUCUGUCAAGAAAGUUGUUGCCAUUUUAUACCUUUUUAAUUAAUUUUUCGAUAAUUUCAGUGGCGAUUCGCAUCACGAUCAGACCUAAUAUUAGUGGCAAUUGGCUCAACGGUUUCUAUCAUUACUGGGCUUGGCAUACCAUGUUUGGCACUCUUGAUUGGGAGCAUGUCAGAAGCUUUCGUUAAUGCUACUACUGAAUUCAUGGCUAUUAGUAAGUGUAUUUUUUUUAAAUUUAAAACAAAUUUUAAAUUUCGAUUUUUUUUUUUAAUUUUUUUUUGGCUUCAAAGUCUGUAUUUUUAAAAAUUUUAACAUGAUAAUAAUGUUUUAGGUAACAACAUGAAGGACCGCAGUUUUAUCGUGAAUUUCACAAAAACAGAAGAAUUCAAAGAAGUCACAUCGAAAAGGAUAUGGAUGUCAAUUUACUUGGGCAUUGCUUUGUUUUUGUCAGCUGCUAUUCAGGUAACAAAUUUUUUAAAUCUUUAAAAUUUUUAAAAAUUUCGAAUGAAAAGUAAAUUUUAGGUGAACUGUUUCCUGACCGCCUGUGAAAACAUGAUGGGAAGGAUAAGAAGAAGGUUCUUCUACAGUAUAUUAAGACAGGAUAUGGAAUGGUACGACCGCCAUCACACUGGAACGUUGGCUACCAAACUUUUUGAGUGGGUUUGCACUGUGCCUUAGCCUUAGCUUUAGUUCUUGUUUCAACCCUGGCCUUAGUUUUAGUCUAAGACCCAGUCCAGUCCUAGCUUUAACUCUAGUCUCAGCCUUAACUGUAGGCUUAGCACUAGUUUUAGGCUUAGCUUAAGCCUUAGUCUUAGUUACAGUGCUAGCUUUGUUACUAGCUCUAGUCCCAGCUGUGACCCUGGCCCAGAGCCUUAGCCCAGAGCCGUAGCUCUGAGGGUUUGCACUGUGUCUCAGCCUUAGCUUUAGUUCUUGUUUCAACCCUGGCCUUAGUUUUAGUCUAAGACCCAGUCCAGUCCUAGCUUUAACUCUAGUCUCAGCCUUAACUGUAGGCUUAGCUCUAGUUUUAGGCUUAGCUUAAGCCUUAGUCUUAGUUACAGUGCUAGCUUUGUUACUAGCUCUAGUCCCAGCUGUGACCCUGGCCCAGAGCCUUAGCCCAAAGCCCUAGCCCUAACCCUGAGCCCUAGCCCAGAGCCCUAGCCCUAGCCCAAAGCCCUAGCCCAGAGCCCUAACCCUGAGCCCUAGCCCAGAGCCCUAGCCAAGAGCCUAAUCUUAGUUCUGGUUUUAGCUUUAGCCUUAUCGAACCCCACUUCCAGCCCCAUUCCUAGCGUACCCCUAACGCUAACUUUAACUCUAGCCCUUAAAUCCUGGCUUACUUUAAAAGAUUCCCCUCACUUUCAAAUUGAUUUACCUUAACAUUUUAAAACUACAUUAAUCUUUUUUAGUGACCUAGAACGGAUGCGAGAAGGUACAGGAGACAAAGUGGCGUUAGCCAUCCAAUAUUCUGCUCAAUUUUGUGGUGGAUUUAUAGUAGCCUUUGCCGUGGACUGGAAACUCACAUUAAUCAUGAUGUCACUAGUACCCUUACUAGUGAUAAUAGGUAUCUUUAUUGCAUUUCUAAUGGCCAGAGCAUCCACAAAUGAAGCUAGAAUCUAUGCAGAAGCUGGUACAGUGGCUGAAGAGGUGUUUAGCGCAAUUAGAACUGUCUAUGCUUUCAAUGGCCAGGAGUCGGAAUGUCAGAGGUGGGUUUACGGGAAUUGUCAUAACUUGUUACCUAAAUUUGAAAUUUGAAAUUGUUUUUGAAAAUCUUACUCUACAGACUUCUAUUUAUCUUUAGAUAUCAAUAUAUUAUAGUAUCAUUCUAUUUUAGGUACGAAAAAGAGCUGAAAAGAGCACGAUGGAGUGGCAAGUUGAGAUCGAUUUAUGUUGGAGUAGGCUUCGGUCUUCUCUUCAUAGUACUGAUGGCAUCGUACUGUCUCUCAUUCUGGGUUGGUACUGACAUGGUAGUGGAUCAGGGCAUGAAACCAGGUGUCAUGAUUACUGUAUUUUUUGCUGUCAUGAUGGGAUCAAUGGCACUGGCUAGGGCUGCGCCACAAUUUGCGGUUAUUGGUACUGCUCAAGGCACUGCCGCUUCGAUUUACGCUAUUAUUGAUAGGGUAGGUGUAAAAUACGGUGCGGAGAGAUUAUACAGUAUUAUGAGUUAUCAUUGAUGAAAAUUUGGUGACUGGAAACAAAGUUUUUGCAAAGCUGUGAAGUUUUUGUGUUUUGGCGGGAAAAUCAAAAUUUGAAGAUUUUUAAAUUCCAAGAUAAUUUAAAAUUUAUAAAAAUAUGUUAAUAUGGCUUACUUUUAUUACAUUUGAAAAUUUCACACUUGUAAACAAAGUUUCUGCAAAGUUAUACAGCUUUUGAGUUUUGGCGGGAAAAUAAAUUUUCAAAUUUUCAACUGACAAAUAAAACAUUUAUUUGAACACUAAAAAUACCUUUGAUUAAACUAAUUUAUAUUUAUUUUCAGCAAAACCAGAUAGAACAACAAAAAGCUCUACAAGCAUCAGUAUUACCAGUAACAUCAGGUCAUGUUCAUAUUAGCCAUGUCACCUUUUCAUAUCCCAGUAGGCCUGAAAUCAAAAUUCUGGACGAUUUCGACCUAACCAUCAAACCUGGUGAAGUUGUAGCAUUAGUCGGUUCUAGUGGAUGUGGUAAAAGUACGUUAUGUUCAUUGUUACUACGGUAUUACGAUGUUGACCAUGGUGAUAUAUCCAUUGACAAUACUGUAAUACGUGAUAUGGAUGUGAAAAAGUUGAGGAAAAUCAUUGGAAUUGUUAGUCAGGAGCCAGUUUUGUUCAAUAUCAGCAUUAAGGACAAUAUUAGCGUUGGGUGUCAUGAUGACGGUCAUGAUGACGUGGUUUAUAAUGGUGGAAAUGGGACAAUUGUACAGGCUGAUGAAGAUGGAGUGUCUGGAAAUUAUUGUGACGAAAAAUUAUUGGAUUCUGAUGUAAAAUACGGUCAAAAUUUGAAAGUCGAAGAAAAAUUGGGAAACUUUGAAGUUGACGAAAUUUCGAAUUUUAAAGAUGACAAAAGCUACAAGACUGAAAGUGAAAAUCUGGUUAAUAAGGACGAUAGCCAAGAUAUUGAAGCACGUUGUCACCAAAAAUCAUCUGAUUCGGAUGUAAAACACGACAGCUAUAUUAAAAAAUCCCAGCUUGAUCUUACCAAAAAUCUCCAAAAUCAAGUCAUGGACAACAUAGAAGCAGUCAAAACUGCUUGUAAAUCCGCGAAUGCAUCCCAAUUUGUUGAAGCACUACCCUCACGAUACGAUACAUGUGUAGGAGAAAGUGGAGUUCAGCUGUCAGGUGGCCAGAAGCAGCGUGUGGCCAUAGCCAGAGCUUUGAUUCGAAGACCGAAGAUUCUGCUUCUGGACGAAUCAACCUCAGCAUUAGAUGCUGAAAGCGAGUUCAAAGUGCAAAAAGCGUUGGAAACCGCUGCCAAGGGUCGUACAACGCUGAUCAUAGCCCAUCGUUUAUCGACCGUUAAGAUUGCCGACCGGAUUGUGGCCAUGGACAAGGGCAAAGUGGCCGAAAGUGGAAGUCAUGACGAAUUGAUGGAGAAGAAAGGUGUGUAUUACAAUCUGGUGAAUGCGCAGGUUUUUCAAAAUGCUACUGAUGAAAAGAUUGGACUUUCAGCUCUACAUCAAGGUAUAGAACAGCCAUCUACCAUGGGUAAUGUUGACGAUAUGACCAAAAAGUUAGACCCUAUGUCGAUAGAGCCUACUACAAUAUCCGAGGGAAAUGAAGCCGUAAGGACUUCAGAAUCGGUGGCAAAGCCUCAAGAGCCAAAGACUGAGCUAGAAAGACUUCAGAAAGAGCUAGCCGAAGAAAAAGCUGUUCCGAAAAGCCUUCUCAGUAUAUUAAGGUAUGCCAAGCCAGAGUGGGUCAUGUUGACAUUGGGUACCUUGAUCUGUAUUGUGGAGGGAUGCUUCUUCCCAAUGUUCUCUGUGUUCUUCAGCAAUAUUUUGGAGGUGAGUUAUGUAGAAAAUGGCAAGAACUUUCUUUCCAAAUCAAAAAAUGGCAAUAACUUUCUUUACAAAACCUAAAAUGGCAAGAUCUUUCUUUACAAAACAAAAAAUUGCAAGAACUGUCUUUACAAGUAUUUUUAGGUAUUUGCCGGUACCGACCCGAAUGAAAAGCGUCGUAAAGGUCAUAUUUGGGCGUUGUCAUGUCUAUUACUAGGCCUAUUCUAUGCCAUUUCAAUCUUCUGCCAUUCCACCCUGUUCGGCUUCAGUGCCGAGCGACUUACUAUGAGGUUACGGUCAAAGUUGUUCCGUCGUAUCUUGUCACAAGAACUGUCAUACUUCGACGAACCCACUCACACGACCGGUCGAUUAUGUACCCGACUGUCGACCGAUGCACCGAACGUUAAGAGUGCCAUCGACUUCAGGCUAGGCUCGGUAUUCUCGAACAUUGUGUCAUUCGUAUGUGGCAUUGUAUUGGCAUUUUACUACAACUGGGCUAUGGCCAUCUUGAUGACAUUCAUCUUCCCGUUUGGUGCUGUUGGUCACUUUUUUCAUUUACGGUACAUCAGAGGACAUGCCAAGGAUGAUGACAAUGAGUGGGAGAAUGUCGGAAAGGUAGGGAUUUACGGUGGUUUUGGGGGUAGGAAGAGUGGGGUUGAGUUACGCUAGGUUUAGGGCAAGUAGGGUAGGAAAGGUUAUGGUAGUUUGUGGGGCAAGUAAUAAGAGUAGAGUAAGGUUACUGUAUCUUUCGUUUAGGAAAGAUAAUUUAGAUUUUAGGGUAUGGGUAAGAGUACUAGCUAAGGGUAGGGGUCAAUUUGAGGGCGGGGUAGAUUUGUAGUGUAGGGGUGGAUUUUAGGGUAGGUUUGGGUCCCAGAUCAAGAGCAGUUUUUCUCGCAGGUACAAUAGGGCGGGGUAAGGUAGGGUACGGUAGGAUACGGUAGGGUAGGGUAGGAUGUAGUAGGGUAGGGUAGGGAAGGCUAAUGUAGGGUAGGGUAGGGUAGGGUAGGGUAGGGUAGAGUAGAGUAGAGUAGAGUAGAGUAGAGUAGAGUAGGGUAGGGAAGGGUUGGGUACCGUAAACUUUAUGAUACUUUCUUUCAGGUAGCAAUAGAAGCCGUGGAGAAUAUUCGAACAGUCCGAGCACUAGUACUGGAAGAUUAUUUCUACCAAACGUUCUGUGACCAUCUAGAACGGCCAAUAAAAACCUUGAGAAUUCGUGCCAGGUUCCAAGCACUUACCUACGGCUUUGGCUCUUCAAUAUUUUACUUUCUACAAGCCGCCAGUUUUGCCUUUGGCGUUUACCUGAUACUGAAUCGUAAUGAAGACCCUAUGAGUGUGUUACGGUGUCUUUUUGCCAUCAGUUUUACAGCUGGCAGCCUGGGGCAUCUAAGUGCAUACUUUCCUGAGUACGCUAAGGCUAGAAUGGCUGCUGGCAUCAUCUUUAAAAUGCUGAAUGAUAAGCCAAAAGUGAACAAUAUGGCCAGGAAUGGGAUUAAAUUGGUUGGUUUUUGACUUUGAAAGUUAGAGAUGUUGGUCAAUAAGUUUAGAAAAUUUUUUUAUUUAAAAAAAUUUUUUUUAUUUUUUGAAAUGUUUUUUAGUUUUUUUUAUUUUUUUCAUAUUUAUUUUUUAUUUUUUUUAAUUUUUUUUUUAAUUUUUAAUUUUUUUUAGGUUUUUUUUAUUUUUUUCAAUUUUUAAUUUUUUGUUUUUUUUAAUUUUUUUAAAUUUUUUACCUAUUUUUCAUUUUUGUUUAAAUGUUUUUUGUUUUUUUUAUUUUUUUUUUCAUUUUUUAAAUUUUUUUUUAUUUUUAAAACUAACUUUUUAUUAUUUUUUAAAUAUUUUUUUUCUUUUUUUUUAAUUUUAAAAAAAAUUCAUUUUUUAAAAUUUAAAAUUUAAAAAAAAACUUUUCUCUUCAGGACUCAAUUCAAGGCACAAUAACCCUCUCCAACGUGAAUUUCGCCUAUCCUCAACGUUCUCAAACCCAAAUCUUUAACAAUCUUAACCUAAAAGUACCAGCCGGUACCACGUUAGCACUUGUUGGUGCAAGUGGUUGUGGAAAGAGUACCAUUUUUAGUCUAAUCGAACGCUUCUACAACUGCAACGACGGAGAAAUCACGGUAGAUGGACUGAAAAUCAACUCGGUAGAACCCCAAAGGCUAAGGGAAAUAAUGGCAUUGGUACCACAAGAACCAGUGCUAUUCGACCGGUCGAUUCGCGACAAUAUUCUUUAUGGUACUGGUGGUACUGUUGAGAAAUGGGCCAAAGAAGAGAGAGCGGCCGGGGGUUUGGAUAAGAGUGGGGUUGGUUCAACUGGUCAUAAUAAUAAAACUACAGUAAGCCAGCCGGCAAAUGAGGAUAGAAUAGAAGCACAAGAGAAUUUAGAAGCCAACAAGAGCAAUAUUGAACAUAUUCAACAUCAACAUGGCACAGAAAUUGAAGUAGAUAGCCAAAGACCUACUGAUCUCAUGGAUAAUAUUGAAAAACCCGAUAACUCAGAAACAUACAGUAAUCUAGACAAGCCUAUAAACAGUAUAGUUAAAAACAAUCUCAACAACAAUAAAAAUGUCAAUUUACACACUCUACCAACAUACGACGACAAUAAUACACCAUUAUUACUGAAAGGUACAAAUUCAGAAUCACUUUCCCAAAACAUCAAAAACAGUACCAAGAAGAGUACCAAAAAUGACAAAAUUGGUACUGAGGCUUCAGAUGAAUCCUUAGAUGAUAUUCUGAAGAUGGUCAACAUGUACGAUGUCAUACAAUCUCUACCCGACCGAUUAUCGACCAGAGUCGGCGACAAGGGCACUCAGCUGAGCGGCGGCCAAAAACAAAGAGUUGCCAUAGCCAGAGCGUUGGUCAAGAACCCUAAGAUACUAUUGCUCGAUGAAGCUACAUCUGCGUUGGAUUCUGAGUCCGAAUAUGUAGGUAUUACGGUAGUUUUGUUUGGAGAUAUAGGGUGGUAUUGAGGAUAAGGGCGAUAGAGUAAGGUAGGUAGGUUGGGGUGGGCUAGGGUAGGGAAUAGUAGGGUAAGGUACGCGAGAGUAGAGUACGGUAGGGUAGGGCAAGCAUGGUACAGUAUAAAUUUUUUAGAUCCUCCAACAAGCCAUCCACCGUGCCACCCAAGGCCGUACCUGUAUUACGAUCGCGCAUCGACUAUCAACCAUUAUGAAUGCCGAUAACAUAGCUGUCAUAAAAGAUGGUACCGUUAUCGAGUACGGUAAUCACCAAGAGCUUAUGAACAAAAAAGGAGCUUAUUAUGAGUUGGUUGAAAAGCAAACGAUUUAG